CCUCGUCGUGUCGUCAUGUCGAUCUCGUUCUCACGAGCGUCGUCGCUCUGGCGCGACACGGCGCCCAAGCUCAGCUCGACCGCGUCCGACAUCAUCCUCGAAGACGAGCGCUACUACGCCCGCCGCGUCCACUUUGCCGUACCCGAGCCCACGAUCGCACGCGCUGACGCCGACGACGGCGCGCUCCUGCCGGGCGGCCCCAUUGCACUCACGACGCGUCCGUUUCUUGGCCUCGUGCUGCAGACGAUCGGGCUCAGCAUUGUUCUUGGCGGGCUCGAGCGGCUUGGCCCGACCGUGUACACGCGGCAUCUGGGGCUCGAACUCGGAACGUACAGCAGCUGUGUGCACCUCGGGUGGUCGUGCCGCAUCUUCUUUGGCAUCGUCUCGGACUGCUUCCCACUGGGGCGGACGCGGCGCAAGGCGUACAUGCUGCUCGGCUGGACCGUCAGUGGCGUCGCGUGCUUGACCAUGGCGAUCGUCCCGUUCCCAGCGCCGUCGACGUCACCGCCGCCCCUUUUUUUGGGCAUGACGCUCCUCGCGGGCCUUGCUUGCGUCCUAGUCACUGUCGCAUUGGACGCUGUCAUGGUCCACUACGCCCAGCGCGAGCCCGUCGAGGUGCGCGGGCGGACGCAGGCGAUGCUCUUCUGCAGCCGGAUGGCCGGCGACGUCGUGCCCUCGCUCUUUUGCGGUCUUGCGCUCCAAGACCAAGCGAUCGGUGGCGCCUACUCGUUUGGUGUCUCGCCCAACGUCACGUACGCACUGCUCACGUGGAUCUCGGGCGUCUGUCUUGUCGCUGCCGUCUGCCUCGUCGUCGAGCCGGCGUACCCGGCCGCGGUCACACUGCCAGGCUACGUGCGCAGUGCGUGGCGGCUACCACAGCGCCACGUGAUGACGCACCUGUGCGUCUUUCGCCUCGCGAUCGACGCGUCGUUCUACUUUGGCGCCGCCUCGUCCCUGCCGCGCGUGACGGACAUGCCGUCAUUGGCCGUCACGACGGUCGUCACGUCCUGCGGUGUGCUGUUUGCGGCGGGUGCGCUUUGGUUUUGGGCGACGCACUGCCUGCGCUGCAACUGGCGCGCUGCAGUGGCCCUCCACACGCUGGUAGCUGUAGCCCUCGAUGUCAGCACGACGCUGCUUGUUGUCUAUGACGUCGCGGGCGCCGGCUACGUGCGUCUUGUCGGGGACGCUCUGACGCACGUGCCAUGUGCGCUGCGCGCGAUUGCGAUCGCCGCCAGCGCCGUCGAGCUCGCCGACUUUGGCAACGAAGCGCUCGUCAUGAGCGUUCUCACGACGUGGGCCGACAUGGGCGUCGACGCCGCGACGCUCGUCUCCCGCCUCCUCAUCCACGAGGCAUCGGCGAGUGCGCGCCGAUUCUACAUGCUGAGCGCCUACUUGCCGGCGGUGGCGGUCCGUAUUGCGGGCCUCGCGACGUUGGGGCUGGUGCCAAGCCAGAAGCACGACGUUCAAGUGCUCAAGCAACACGGCCGGUCCAGCCGCACGGCCGGUGUGCUCCACGUCCUGCUGCUUGUGCUACUCGGAACCAUGUUUUUCGUGCUGCAUGGAAUGCCCCUAUUUGGAGCGACGGGCGUCCCGCCAGUGCGACCGGCGGCGUGAGCCGCCCAUUAUUUAACUGCUCGUUGUAGCGUAUGAGCUGUAAGUAAGUG